AUGUCGACAACAGGAGAUCGCCGUGAGAUUGUUAUCAUUGGUGGUGGCAUCAUUGGCUGCUGCUCUGCAUACUAUCUCACGAGACACCCGUCCUACGAUCCCGCCCGCCACAAGGUUACUCUCAUUGAAGCCUCCGAAAUAGCAGGCGGGGCAUCAGGAAAGGCGGGUGGUAUGCUGGCGCAAUGGGCUUUCCCGAGCAACAUCGUCGGUCUCAGCUACAAACUUCACGCGGAACUCGCAAAGGAACACGAUGGCCCCAACCGAUGGGGAUACAGAGAAGUCAAUUGUGGCCAGCUCAUUGUGAAAGGUCGUGCUCUCGCUGAAAACACUGCCGGAAAAGCGGAGGGUGGGAGAACGGAGUCUCUCCAAAAACGCAGUGCAGCGGCUCUGUCCAAGUUGAAGGCUGCCAAAGUUCCCCAAGACUUGGAUUGGAUUGAGCCGGACCUUCUGCGCGCCUAUGAAAGUAUGAGCGGACCGGGUGAAACUGCCCAAGUGCACCCCUACCAGUUCACUACGUCCAUUGCAAAGCUUGCCCAGGAAAAGGGUGUAAACAUCAUUCUUGGACAGGUUACAGAUAUCGCCCGAUCAGAGGGUUCUGUGGAAUCGGUGACAUAUACCGACAAAGAAUCAGGCGAAACAAAAACCGUCGCCGCUACUGAUGUACUAGUUGCUGCUGGGCCUUGGACCAAGAGUAUCCUCCCGGAAGUCCCAAUCUCAGCUAUGCGGGCCCACAGUGUGGUGAUUCAGCCAAAGCAACCAGUCAGUGCAUACUGCUUGUUCACAAAUAUUGAAAUCCCGGCCAACUUCAACCCGGGAAAGAAGUCACGCCCAACAGUUGCUGCGCCGGAGAUCUACGCACGUCCGGAUGCCACUGUCUAUGCAUGUGGCGAGGGAGAUAGGACUGUUCCAUUACCUAAGACUUCUGCAGAUGUUGAGGUGGACCAGCAACGCUGCCAGGAAAUCAUAGAUCAGGUGGGCAGCAUUUCUGACGAGCUACGCGAUGGUGAGGUUCGCGCUCGCCAGGCCUGUUAUCUUCCAAACUGUGAUUCUGGAUCUGGACCACUAGUCGGCUUGACUGAUGUGAAGGGGCUGUACCUUGCAGCCGGUCAUACUUGCUGGGGUAUUCAGAACGCUCCGGGCACAGGAAAGCUCAUGAGUGAGUUCAUAUUUGAAGGCAAGGCGAAGAGCGCGAACAUUAGAUCUCUGGAUCCACGCGACUUCAUAUUUUCGGUGUUAUUAACAUCGCUUCUUUAUGCAAUCGGGGUUAUUGCAAGCGAAGAGGCUAAAGAUGUAUCCGUCUUGAUCAGAGAGUCUGGACGCGCCAGCAACCAGUCCCUGCUAUGGGGUCCCUACAAGUCGAACCUUUACUUCGGAGUGCGUCCUCGCAUUCCGAAGAGUCUCACGGCGGGAUUAAUCUGGGCGAAAGUUGACGACUACGCCAAUACCCAACAAAACUUUAGACACACCUGCGAACAAAAUGAGGGGAUGGCGGGAUAUGGCUGGGACGAGUACGAUAUCCGGAAGGGUGGGCGAGAGACUAUCCAUGAUGCUGGAAAUAGUUUGGACUUGACAAUUGAUUUCAUCAAGGUUCCUGGCGGCCAGCACGGAGGUAGCUGGGGAUUCCGAGUCAAGGGUACACCCAGAGAAGGCGCAGACCCCGAUCAGCCCGUCUCGAUGAUUUUCUAUUCCACCCUCGAAGGAUUUGGACAUCUGAGCGCUGAUUCCGAAUCGGGAUCUGCUGGUGCUGGAGGCAAUGUCAAACUGGAAGGAUAUACCUCGGAGCUCGGUGAUUUCUCCAUCGAUGUCACCAAUGGACCGGGAACGAACAUGCAUCCCACUUACGAUCACCCCAGCUCCACAGACAAGCCACUGGAUCGCACCUUUGUCAGCAGCAUUACCUUCCCUGAGGAGCAACUUUGGCAAGCAAAGGGGCUCUUUUACACCCAAUUGAAGGCUGAGGUUGAUGCUGCUCUUGAGCAGUAUGGAAAGGAGAAUGUCCCUCCUCCGGCUCAGCUGUUUACCGUCGGGCACAAGCCUGGCCAAGGCAACGCUCAUCUCGUACAGAAGGUUUUCACUGGUCCAUUUGAGUUUGAUGUCCUGUUCUCCUCUCACUCUGCUCCCGAACCAUUGACACCGGAGAUCCUCACUAAGGAAAUUGAAGAUGCCUCAGCCUCAUUUUCUGAAACUUUCGAUCAGCUUCUGGCGCCGCAGGCGCCAUUCGACUCCCCGAAGUACUCGAAAUUCUCCAAGGCAAUGCUGUCCAACCUCAUUGGUGGCAUUGGAUACUUCCAUGGUGAUGAUAUCGUGGACCGUUCGGCGAACCCUGCAUAUGAGGAGGAGAAUGAAGGCUUCUGGGAAGAGACCGCUGAAGCCAGGGCUGCCGCGCAGCCUGCUGUCGAAGGUCCAAAGGAUCUGUUUACUUGCGUUCCCUCCCGGCCGUUCUUCCCCAGAGGGUUCCUUUGGGACGAGGGUUUCCAUCUGAUGCCUGUGAUUGAGUAUGAUACGGAUCUUGCGCUCGAGAUCAUCAAGAGCUGGUUCCAUCUUAUGGACGAGGAUGGAUGGAUUGCCCGUGAACAGAUUCUCGGCCAAGAGGCCCGCAGCAAAGUUCCUCCCGAGUUCACCAUCCAGUAUCCCCAUUACGCCAAUCCGCCUACUCUGUUCAUGGCCCUGGAAGCCUUCAUGGACAAAGUCAAGUCCAACACCAACAAGAGCACCGAGUUUGGAUCGUUGGACAACCAAGAUGCGACCGCGAGCCUGCGUUCUGCGACUGUCCGACACCCGGAACUGUCUGAAGCAUACCUGCGUUCGUUCUAUCCGCUCCUGAAGAAACACUACAACUGGUACAGGACCACUCAACGUGGUGACAUCAAGUCGUAUGACCGCGAAGCAUUCUCGACUAAGGAAGGAUACCGCUGGCGCGGACGCUCUGUGCAGCACAUUCUCACUUCUGGUAUCGAUGACUAUCCCCGAGCUCAACCGCCGCACCCUGGUGAGUUGCACGUUGAUCUGAUCAGUUGGAUGGGAAUGAUGACUCGCGCUAUGCGUCGUAUUGCGGAGAACCUCGGCGAGGAGGACGAUGUUGAGCAAUUCGCCUACUACGAGACAGCUAUUACUCGUAACAUUGAUGACUUGCAUUGGAAUGAGAAGGAACAAACUUUCUGCGAUGCGACUAUUGAUGAGUAUGAAGAGAGUGUUCACGUCUGCCACAAGGGCUACAUUUCUAUUUUCCCCUUCUUGACUGGCAUGCUGGGCCCUGAUAGCCCGCGUCUCAAGGCCGUGUUGGACUUGAUCAGUGAUCCUGAGGAACUAUGGAGCGACUACGGUAUCCGCAGUUUGAGCAAAAACGACGAGUUCUAUGGCACCGAUGAGAACUAUUGGAGAAGCCCUGUCUGGAUCAACAUCAACUACUUGGUGUUGAAGAAUCUCUAUAACACUGCCACUGUUUCUGGUCCUCACCAGGAACAGGCACGGGAGAUGUAUUCCAGCUUGCGGAAGAACUUGGUCGAGAAUGUCUUCCGAGAGUGGAAGAAGACUGGCUUCGCCUGGGAACAGUACAACCCAGAGUCAGGCAAUGGCCAGCGGACACAGCACUUUACCGGCUGGACCAGUAUGGUGGUGAAUAUGAUGUCGAUGCCGGAUCUGGUCGCAACCGCACAGACCACUCAUGACGAGCUGUGA